AUGGGUUUAAAGAUGGCUGAGUUCGAACCACUUCCAGUCUCCAGUUACUUCACCAAUCCCAAUCCCGACUUCGAGCUUACGCCCAAAGACGCGCCAUUCGUUCCAUAUUGGGCUCAUUGUCGCGUGCAGUGCGCGCAGAACCUCCUCCCCGCCUCUGACGAGCCUAUCGAGUACGAUCACGACGACGAGGACUACAGCGAUAAUUGUUUCUUCUUCCCCGAAGAUUGCUCCUACACCCCACCAAAGGACUGGGUUGUGGAGACACAACACCCACACAUAAAAGAUAGAGAAGAUCAGGUUCAGCAAGAUACCCAGGCUACCCUGGGCCGAACCGACAACAUGCUUCCCGACCUUCCCGAUAUCAAAAUGCUGGACUCAGAGGCCCUAGGUGAUCUUCUAGAUGACAAUCUCUCUCCUCCAGAGAUCACAACUAUGAUUGUUUUCGCAACUAACGGUGCUGUCUUCGCAUACGCCUCUGCUCUCUCAUCACGCCAAUUACGAAAUCUCAGUGCCACCUACGGCGCCGCUUACACAUGCUACGCUAAGACUGCCUCCAGCGGAAAUCUCACAGGCGUGAACCCAGCCAGUCACCCAUCCUCAUACGUAACAGCACAAUCAAUGUCUUUAGGCGAUGUCGGCUCUAUUGUCUUUGAACUAGACGAUUCCGUCGCAGUGGUGACUCGCAUAGCCGACAAAGUCCUUCUAGCAGCGAUCGGCCCCAACAAAAUCGAACAGGCAACCGCCAACGGUACCGAUCCAGAGUACCUAGCCAUUGAAAAUGGGGCGGCAACCGAUCCAUCUUCCGGGAAUGGCGCCACGUCAGAUAUCGCUCAAAGUGAUACACAACGUGCCGUGGUAGCACCACCAUCUCCCAAUCCACCCGCCCGAAACGGAGCACUUGAUACCCAACAUGAAAUUGACCGGAGCGUCGAUCUAGAACGGCUGGCAAGUCUCAAUCUCUCUGCUUCGCCGUCUGUUUUACUGGCACUUGAGUCUAAAUGCGCUGCGCUUGGUCGUUUCCUUGGACAGAAAUUGCAUGAUUUGGAGAGUCCGGAGGAUUUUUAA